UGGCCAAGAAGGUCCCUACUGACAUCAGAAUGGACCGACACAAGGACAAAAUUCCUCCAAAUGGAAUUUCCGGACGAAAUGGCAAAAUUAGCUGCAGAUAAGAAAAGAGCCGAAUACCAAGACAAAUGCAGGAAAUUCUUUUUCCCAGAAAUAUAUGCCGUGGAGGAGUUCAGCCGUCUUGUCAAAAUGAAACUCCUUGAAAAACGUAAUGGCGAAAAGGCAAAGCGUGCAAAACUGUUGAAUGAAAUUGAGAACAGUAAGAAGGAUAAAGACAGAGAGCAGAAGAAAGGCAAUGUCAAGGAAGAGGAGAAAUACGAUGAAAAGGAAGAUGAGAAAGAAAUGAUAAACAUCGAAGAUGUGAUUCUCGUAACACCAGACACACACAAAGCAGGAAAACGGAAGUCUUUUCUCUCCUGCUUCUGUUUCUAGACUUUUUCUUUUAACUUUCUGAGUCUACUUCAUCUCUGUAUCUGAAUACCCUGCUGGGUUUUCUAUUUCUUUUCCAACUAUGAUUGUGAAC